UGACUUUUCAAAGGGAUUUAGGGAGGUGAUUAUGAGCUUACAAGCUUCCCUCCCCAGUAGAAUCAAUAAAUCUAAAGUCUGUUUCUCUUCUUGGGUUGCUAUAAACUGUGGCUAACACAUUUGUAGGUUUACUUUCUUCUGCUCAUCAGACUUAGUAGUCACACAGAAAAAGAUAUCCAAUUAUUCCUGCCUUGUUUUACUUCAAAAAUAAGCUUUUGAAGGUGGAAUGCUUCAGUGGUAUUUGUGUUUGACUAGUAAGGUAGAAAAGGUUCCUGAUUUGUGGCAACAUGCCGUCUAAAUCAUAUGACUUCAUUGCCUGUGGUAUGGGAAAUGACAGAAGAAGUUAGCUUCUGGGUUUCCCCACUAAUUAUUUUUAUUUUCCUUUUUGUGACCAUUGUUUUGAGAAAACAAUAGAACUGUGACAGAUACAUAGCUCUCACUAAUUUGGUUCAGAAUGUUAUUAUGGUCCUUUUAUGAAGUAUGAUUUUAUUAGAAUAAAAUACUUUUUGAAAUCCCUGACCUCAGUCUCUUCUGUCUAGACCUUAGACUUCUUAAUGAUACCUGGAGAACUCUUGGGUCUUGUGGAUUGACCUGGGGGAGAAACACGUAGCCAGCUGAGGAAGCAAGUCUGUGGCCAGAAGUAGCACACUCCCAGGGGAUCUUGGAGCUGUCUGGCUGUCCCGUGAAAUGCUUUUAUCUGACCCAGAGCUGGGAGAGUUUCCUAAGCAGUAAAUGUAACUUCUUUUUCAUUCCCAGUGUGUACUGAAAGCCAGUACUUUUCUAGAUACUGAUACUGUGCUAGCCUACUUUUAAGAUAUAUAAAGCUACAGGUUGCUGUUUGUUUUGUUGGGAUAGUAGCUUCAUACUGUUCAGGCUAAUCGACUGUGUUCAGCAGGGAUCAAGCCAUGGGGCUGGGGAUGUAACUCCAUGGUAGAGCCCUUGCCUAGCAUGUGUGGCGCUCUGGGUUUGAUCUCCAGCACUGAGAAAAAGAAGAACAAGGGGAAGGGGAAGGAGAAGAAGCAAGCCAAGAAAUUAUUUAAAUAAAUAUUCAUUGCAAGAGAAUCAAUUAAUCAUUUAACUAGGUUUCUCAAACAUAGAAAUCUGUUCUGUGUUCUAGACUGCCAGAGAAUUAUUAUUUGUAAACUCAGAGAGACAUGUGACUCAUAGUGUUUCAAAACUCAAGUACCUGAUUCUGCUGUUUUGUUCAUAGGUGAGGAAAGAGCCCCAGGAAGCUGAUUAUUCAGUACCUCAGAAACCAUGGCCAGUGUACUGCACAGCAGGGCCUGGACUCAUUUCUCAGUCUUAGUCCAGCAUUUUCUCUUCUAUCCUUUAUCCUCCUGACAGAUUUGGUAAAUUUCUAUAAUAAUAUUCAGAACCUUACAAGCAAAUUAACGUGCUAACAUGUAAGAGAUUUUUAAAAUCAAUACAUAAUGAUCCUCAAUAUUUUUGAUACAUGAUUGUACAUAUGUGUGGGAUUGUGUGAUAUUUUAAUCCACAUGCAUAAAUGUGUAAUAAUGAAAUCAGAGUAGUUGUCAUAUCCAUCACCUCCAAAUUUGUAAUUUCUUUGUUUUGGGAGCAUUCAUAAUCCUCUCUGCUAGCUAUUUUGAAAUAUGCAAUUAAAUGCUGUCAGCCAUACUUAUCUUAUUAUGUUAUGGAUCAUUAGAUAUUAUUCCUCCUAUCCACCUCUACUCUAUACCCAUUAUGGGUAUUUUAGAACAGUUAUAUUGAGAUAUAAUUAGCAUGCAACACAAUUUACCCAUUUAAAGUGUGCAAUUUGGGCGUGGUAGCUCACGCCUGUAAUCGAAGCACUUGGGAGGCUGAAGUGGGAGGAUCAUUGCGAGUUCGAGACCAGCCUGGGCUACAAAGUGAGCUCAAGGCCAGCCUGAACUGCAUAGGGAGACCCUGUCUCAAAAAAGACCAAAAAUAAAUAAAUAAAUAAAGUGCGCAAUUCAAUGAUUUCCAACAUAUCACAUUAUUCACUGUAUAAGCUGUAGUAGGAUAUAUAGAAAACAUAUCAUUUGCUUUCUUAGCCAGUUUAGGUAUACAUUUCAGGAGCACUGAUUAAAAUCAGUGCACAGUGCUGUGCAACCAUCAUACUGUUUCCAAAACAUUUCAUUGUCCCGAACAGAAAUUCUCUAAUUAUUAAGUGGUGACAUCCCAUCUUCCCCAUCCAGCCUUUGAUAAACUUGAAUCUGCUUUCUGUCUCUGAAUUUGCCUAGUCUAGAUAAUCUGAGUAAGGAGAAUUAUACAAUAUGUAUCCUUUCCUGGUGUUUUUCAUCCAACAUAAUGUUUUUAAGGCAUCCAUGGUAUGUGGUAAAAGGUCACUGGAAUCCAUGGCUGAGGGGACGAACUGCAUAUAGGUAGUCAUCUUCAGUGGCUUUGACAGAUUGGUUGCAAGACCCCUGUGGAUACCAAAACCUACUCUGCUCAAGUACUUUACAUAAAAUGGCAUAUUUGUGUAUAAUCUAUGCACCCUCCCAUAUACGUUAAAUCAUCUCUAAGGUAUUUAUAAUAUCUAAUAUAAUUUAAACGCUAUAUAAAUAGUCAUAAUCUAUUGUUUAGGAAAUAAUGGCAAAAAAAAGUCUCCACAAAUUCAGUACAGAUGCAAACAUUUUUUUCUAGAUGUUUUCAAAUCACAGUUAAUUGAAUCUGUGAUGUGAACCUGCAGAGAAACAUGCUCUUCCUAUGCUUCAGCUAUUUCAAAAGUUAUGGAUAUGUGUAAGAAUGAGGUAUACAGGGGCUGGGGAUUUAGCUCAGCGGCAUAAGUGAGUGCCUUGCAAGCAGGCAGUCGUGAGUUUGAUCCCUGGUACCGGUAAAAACAAAAAAGACGAAAAAAAAGAAUGAGGUAAACAGAUUCGCCCCUAGGAUGACAAUUAAACAUUGUCGCAAACUGUCUUUGCUUUGGAUGAGUUACCUACCCAGUCUCCCAGAUACCAAAUCAAGAGCAAACAUUUGCAAAUUUUAAACUGCAUCCAACUUCUUCACUUUGUAGAGUGAAAUCAUGGUGAUUCUAGUGUAUACAUUUUUUCAUAAAUUCUAUUCUCCUUCCUCAGGAAAGCCUCUUCCUGCUAGGCCCCUGCCUCCUCUGAAUAGCUGAAAGGCCUGUGGGUUGUGUUGCCUAUUUCAGCUCAGCAUGUGCAGCUGGUGGUGUUUACUGUCCCAAGGUCUCCUCCUCUUAUCUACCCGAUGAGCCCAGUUAGAGAUCCAUCUCUUGAAACCAUCCAAUUUUACCCUUUCCAGUGUCUGUCCAGAGUCAGCGCUCUGAGCAUCUGAUAGCAGUGGCUUCAGAAACACGAAAUUCAAGAUGUCGUAAAGUCAGGAGUCUGGUUUUCGUUGAUGGUCUGUAUAAUCUCUCCUGAUGCUCUCCAAGUCAUACUGAGUACUUAAGUUGUUAUAGCUUUUUACAUUUCAAAGGCCUGCAGACUACGAUUGGCCCAAAUAGAAAAUAAUCAUUUCUGUCUGUAGUGCUGUACGCCCUGUAGUUGAAAAGAAAGCCCUCGCUUCCCCCUUUCUUAGUGACAACCUGUAAUCAUGUUUGAGCAGUUGUUGAAAGUUUUUUCUAAACCACUAUUUGUUGCUUCCUGUCAGCCAGGAGGAGGUUGUGUCAGUGGAAUGGUUCUCCUUCUUUCCCAAGCCUAGCCACCCACCUAAGCGGGGAGAGGUGGUUGUAAAUCUCAGGCAACAAUUACACUGGGAGAAAAGUCAGACGAUGAAGUCAGCUAAUCACCAAAUUUUUAUUGAGCACUUGGAAGGUUUGAGUAGCCAUUAGAGAGAGUGUGACUGAGCCACUGUAAUUCCUACCCAAACCUGAUGUCCUUGUUAAACAUCCAUUGAGGUUUGGAAGAACCAGGGGCCAAGGAUGGCUCUGAGUUCUUGUCUAGCCAGCUGGCAGGCCAUUUCCCAAUUUAGAAAUGGGAGUAUUUUGAGGGAGUCUGGUUAGAGAUCUGCAAAUUUCCACUAGAAUGUUUAAUCUUACCUCAGGUUUGGUCUAGCAACUUUAGGAUGGAUAAAAUGGAGGCAGAAAUUGUGCAAUCACAACUUAGUGUUCAGUUUGUUUUUAUACUAAAAGAAUUUUAUCUUUGUAAAGGAAAAAAUAAAUUUAAUUCCAUCUUUAAUUAAUGGUAAUUAUUAAAUAUGGCAGUAAUGCUGUAAAAGAAUUUACGAUAUCUAUUACUGUUUUCUGGUGGAAUUUAACAAAUUCAUACUCUGACCUAUACUUAUUUUAAUUAACUUUAGCUAUUUAACUUUAGCUAUAUAACUCUGUUCUCAUAUUUCCUUAUAAUUAACUGUGUAAUUACCAUUUAGGAAUAGCUUCUUAUUUUAAUUAGAAUAAUCAUGGGGCUGAGAUUCAAUAAAUAUUUUCUGAGCCUCUGCUACAUAUAAAACUAAUGGAUUUUCCAGAAGAAAAAGAAUUCCUGGGGUUUCUCCUCAACCUAAUAAAAAAUAUGAUCCAGAGAAAGCAAUUAUAAGUAAUACAGCAAAUAUAAUACAAAUAAGGAGAUUUAAGUAAGUGUUAAAUGAGCAUCCAAGGAAGAAAUGAUAUGUUUUAGUUGAGUGUGGCAUGAGACUAAACAGGAGGAUAGUUGCAAGUUUGAGACCAGCCUGGGCUACAAAGUGAGCCCAAGACCAGCCUGAACUGCAUAGCAAGAUCUUGUCUCAAAAAGACCAAAAAAAAAAAAAAAAAAAAAAAAAAAGAUUUGUUUUAAGAAUGUGCAUAGAGUUUCCAGAGCACAUAGAAUUUGAAUUAGACCUACCUAACCAUCUGGAGGAUAGUACUUUUAACCCUGAAACUAAAGGUGAAUAUUUGAAGUAAAUAUUUCAGUCUUUCAGACUGAAGAAUUCAGUGCUUUUAUUUUUAAACUCACCAGGGUUCUAAGUUAAAGAUUCAACGUUAAUUUAUGCAGUUACACUAUUCAAUUUAGCAAGUCUAAAACCCCCAAAUGCUCCGGUGAUUUCCCCAGUUAGAGAGCUUGGGAAGGGCAUCAGCAUGAGCACAGGUGGACAGCUGUGAAAAGCUAAUGACCUCCGUGUACUGUCCAGUACAGCUGCAAGUGCAGAGCACAACCCAGAAGGCCUCGGUGCCAAGUUAAGGAACUUGAGCUUGAUCCACAAACCUGGAGGGCUCUCAUGAGGUUUCCCCGCUUAGUGUCCUGCAUCCAGAGUAUUAAAAGAUAGCUGUGUAGAGAGAUGGCUUGAGAGAGCAAGAGACGGGGUCUAGCAAGUCACAUGAAGAAGGUUACUGCAGUGACUCAGACAAAAAGUAAAGAAAGUAGAGAUAAAAGAUAGAUUGAAGAGAUGUAAGCAAAGUUAACUGAUUCUAUUUUAUGGCCUAAGUGAAUGUUAUUAUAAGUACUGUCUAUUAUCUGUGGGAUUUUAAUUUAUGGAGGUGAUCAUGUAACAACAUGGAGACAGUGCUGUCAUUGAAAGGAGCUUUUCUUACUGGCAUUUCUCAAUAGGAGUGGCCUUCCACAGCAUGGAGGCUACGUGGGAGCAGCAGUGUUUGUCAGGAGGCAGAAAGGAGCAGGGAAAAGCCCUAGGCUGGAUCCUACAUUGAGGCUGGCGUGAGAAAUGUAAGGCAGGGCCAGUAAACAGCUGAGGGCUGACCUGAUUGACUAAUUCCAGUGGGCCUUGGGUCAUCGAGGCUCUCCCUGGUUUUCCCGUACCUGAGUUGGUUUAGGGGAGGGGAAUUACUGGCUUUGUCUGUGGGGGUUGGGGAAGGAGGUGUUCCAGAAUGUGAGCUCCCAAUUGCAGAACAGAUGGAAGAAACUUGUGGCUGUUAGUUUGGCUCUGCGAUUAAUAAACACCAACCAGACAAAUGCAGAAUCUAAGAAAUACUAGUUGCAGCACUGAAGAGCGUACCAGGACACUGGGCUAAAUGCUUUACAUGUACAUAUUAUCUUGAUCCUUUUAGCAAUCUAUAACGAAUGCUAAAAGCCCCCAUUUCACACAAAAGCAACUGGGACUCGGAAAUUUGUCCCAAAUCUAAUAAGCAUGAAUGAAUUUUGGACCUGGAGUUCUGUAAUAGGCAUGGUCAACCUCACCCCCUUCUGCUGACCUGAGCCCAUGGUCACGAAAUUCACCAUCUGAUUGGUCUUUCUCACUCUGUACUCAAGAUGUGAGACGGGUUCUGUUCCAAAAGGCCUGGCAGAAACUUGCAGAAUCUUCCCCAGGGCUCUGUGGACUAAGGAGGAAAGGGAGAGCAGGAGGUAGUGUCUCUCUCUCUCUCUCUCUCUCUCUCUCUCUCUCUCUCUCUUCCUAUCUCUUCUGCUAUGUCAGUUUUGCACAAAGAUGCAUGUGUUUAUAUACUGGUGGUCUGCUGCUCAGCAUGUCUAAAAAUAAUAAAAUAUUAAAAUGUAUGACUUGAUCACUGUCCUUUCUGCUUCCUGGAAAUUGCUUCUCAACUUUUGGCUUUCUCUGAUCAUUCUGAUUUUAAAACUAGGAUGGUCUCAUAUCCGCAAACAAAGCCUUGGAAGAUUCUUUUUUCCUUUGCAUUAUCAGCCAGGAAUCCAGAUUGCCCAUAGAAUUCACCUUCGAAUUACUCAAUAGAGACCCUAAAGUCCUGCCUUCGUAACUACCCUCACUUUGGUCACACUUCAGCUCCACUCCUCAGUUCAGGCCAAAUGCUCCCCAUGUGUUCCAUCGCUCCAUAAUCUGAAUUUGUUCUCCAGCACUCGACCACCUUCUCACCCCUUGUCUCUGCGUAUCCUCACCCAUCGCUUUCUCCAAGAGCUAGCUUAAUGCUCACAAAUCACGUGAUAAAUAAGUAGAACACUUAUUUUGCCAUCUACAAAGCCAUGAAGGUGAUAGAGUCAUGUGUGCCCCAGCUCAGGGUCUCAAGGACCUUGUCACUAGCUUGAGAGCUGGAUGAAAUGGUAAAGGACAUGAACAGCACUCCAGGAAAAUGGGAGUUCACUGGGACAGGUUCAUAUGUAAUUAUUGCUUCCCUUGUUGUCAUCUUUCUCCUUGCUCCCUAGAGUUGGCCUGGGUCCCCUGAUUUUUUUUCUGUGGACUAGGCACCCAUUGAGACCAGCACCACACAUCUAGGUUAGAAGAAACUUUGCCAAAUGAAUAUGGAGAAAUUCCUGUUUUAUGUCCACCAUUAAUGCAUACGAUGGGGACAGUGCCUGUUCUGAUGCAGGACUCCGAUGCAGGUGGUCGUCUUAGCACACAACCUACAAGUUCCAAUGCCAGAGUUAAACCAUCAGGGUUCAAAGGCUAGUUUCACCACUUGCUAGUUGUGUGACUGUGAAAUUUCACUUCAUGUUUAGUGCCCUGUUUUCCUCAAAAACAAGGUAAGCACCUGCCUCGUAGGAAUUACCGUUGUAUUAACUAGGUUGAUUUGAAAAGAAAAAGCAACUGUACAUACUAAGUGUUACUCUAUCAGUCAUUAUGCAGUCUUUAUGACUCAGUGAAUUCCAUCUUCUAGAAGUUGUCUAGUGAAUUCUUAAUAAUUAGUGCUUCCUGACCCCUGCAACUGCUUUCUGUCUUUGAUGCUAGUCAAUUUUUACAAAACCAAAGUCAAAAAUACUAAGCAUUUCCCCAUAGAAUACUAAAUCAUAGAGUUUUAUUAUCUCUACAUUGACAUUUUAAUAGCCUUUUAGAAAAUUAGCUUUUAAAAGAAUUGGGAAGACACACAGAAUCUGCUAGUCACCCUAUUGGAGUUCCUGUUAUGUUUUUGUUUCCAUGUGAACCCUAUUUUUUCAAAGUUUGUAAGUCCUUUGCUCCAUGGUGAGGCUCAGCAACAAGUUUCUGUUCCAAAGAACAAUAUUUAUUCUACCUGAUUUCCAUUUUCAUUGCAAAAAAUGAUUGCUCCAUGAUUUAUGCUCCUGGAACUUGAAUUUAGCUUGCUGUUUUUGCAAAUGUAACUUUUCAUACUUGACAAUUUUGAAAAACUUCUGAGAAUCUCCAAGUAUAACACAUUGUCCUUUGAUUUUUCCAUGCCUAGUUGCUGUUACUUGGUUUUAGUUUCAGAUAAGGGUGUAGAAAAUAUUAGAAAUUCACUAGAAAUAUAUCUCCAUUCCUCAGACUAGGAACUUAGACUAUGAAAAGCAUUUCUUCCCUAUAGAAUAAAAGGACUUCAAGUUCCACUUUCCUUGAAAUUUUAAUGAAUAGGGCAGUGAACUAGCACUGUAGUAAACAGACUUGAAUAGAAUGCUGGAUCGUCUGCUUAUUGGUUGUGUAAUCUUGGAUUUGUAAAAUAGCUUGCCAAAGCCUCUGAUUGCCAAUAUUUAUAUUGAGGACAAGGGCUGAGGAUGUAGCUCAGAGUAGCAGAGCAUUUGCCUGGCAUGAGAAAUCUCCAGUACUAGGGGAAAAAAAAGAGUUUAUGCUGGGGACAGCAAAAUUCUUACAAAGGUUGAGACCAUGCCUGUCACCUGCAGUGCCUAACAAAAAUAAGUUCCCAAAUGUCCAUUAAUUUUUUUUAUGGAGAGCUGACUUCUUUCAUCAACUUUAUAUAUCAAUUAUAUAUCUAAUCAUUGAAAUUUUCUUGAAACAAAAUAUGCUGCUUUUGAAUCAAGGGAGAUUUUGUGUGUAAAUAUCAGUAAAGUGACAGAGUAUGUUUAUUGAAGUCACAUGUUCUAGCAAGAAAGAGAAAACCAUAAAAAGAAUAAUUCAAAUUUAGAAUCUUUACCUUAAAAAAUAUGCAUUUGUCAUUGCCUUGACUCUUUUCAAAAGGCAAGAGAACCUGGGGCAAUCUCUAUGUAUGUUAUGCGAUGAGUACAGAAAACAUUGCCUAAAAUAUCACCCCAGACCCUGGCUACAUAUCAAGAUUGGGAUAAGGAAGAACUCAGAUCACAGAGAAUACUGUAGCAUGACAUCUUUCUGUAAAUAUUUUUUAAAGUCCAUACACGCUUUAAAUUAUUUCUCUGACAGUUUAAAUGGAAAUUCCUAGGCAGUCUAGCAGGAAUUCACAGGGAAACCUAGAAACUGCCACUAAUGCUGGAGACAGGGAGGAGCAGAAUGCGCUAGGCGAGGUGUCUUUAUUCCCCCCCUCUCCCUGAAGCCCUGAGCUUCUUGACAGCCUGCAGGGAUGGCAGACUGCCAGUGCUAGAGGGAAAUCUGCAGUUUUUAAUUUGCAUUUACAGGAUGACAUUUAGACACUUGUUAAUCUCACCUUAAACACUUCAAAGCGUUUACACACUGAUUACACACAAACUCACCAAUGCACACACACUUCCUGCAUUUUUUGAGCAUGCAUUAGUGUCCAUUUUUCAUUAGCUCACUGACCUGACCUUGUGUAUGUGUCCUAGAACCCAGCAUCUCUGCAAAGUGUACUAGAAGGAUCACUAGCCAACCCAAAGAUGAGCAUUCAUGAGCAUAAUUGCACAAGUGCUUUUCAAUUCCGAGACAUAAGAAAUCAUCUGCAAGAGGAAAAUGUCUCAUAACAAGUAUUCUUUAAAAGUACUCUUCGUGUUCAUAAGACUGAGUCCUCUGGUGGCCCUGGUAUUACUUUUGUGGUUUCAGAAAUCAACUGUUAAAGCUAUGCCAGGGAGUGCUGUUUAAUAUUUCACCUAUUAAAUAGAAGAGUAAUAAUUUCAAAGAAUGAAGUUACUUUUGAAUUCCAGAAAAGUAUGAAAAAAUCAGGCUAUGACCAGCAGAUUGUUACAUUCUGCUAAUGUUUGGAAACCAUGUAAAAAUUUUUAAAUACUUUUGAGCAAUUUAAAAGUUCUCCCAGCACUGAAAUAGAAUACAUGUGAUUAUUUAAUUCUGAAACAGUAAGGACCAUUAGAAACAAUUUGUAAAUUCUUGAGCUUAAAAAAAUGGAUAAAAUAGUAAAAUUUCAUCUACUUAGAUGUACACAUCAGGUUGCCAUGCUGUGGGCAGUGGAAAGAGCCCUGAGCUUGGACUUAGGCUUGCUAAACUCUAGCUCUCUAGCCAUGGCAGGUUAUUUUAGCUGUCUUGGUUUCAUGGAAAUCUUUGCAGAGUGGAGACAGAGUAGAGUAGAUUCAAGGACACUCAACUGAGAUGCAUGAGGUGCCUGAAUUCUGGAAGGUGGCGCCAACACUCUCGUUGGUGACAAGUUUCUCCUAUUUCAGAUUCUUGUCUAGAGCUGGCCCUGGCAGAGAGAAACUCUUUUGCAGAGGUUCUGCUUGGUUGUGCAGAAUUCAGAUGACCCCAGCAGGGGGUGAGGAGGGAUUAGCUCUUGUGUACAGUGGAAGAGAGUUUGGCUUCUCCACUGAUUGAAACAUCUGUUUACCCUGGCCAGCCUCAUUGCAUAGAGAGGACACAGACAGUCUCCUAUGGUGCAAAGGAAAAAGCUGUGUUAUGUUUUCUAAUACCAGAGCAGCUUCCUUAUGAGGAAGAAUAAAAAAUGUUCCUGCAUGGGUACCUGGUUGGGAAAGUAAGUUCAGUUCUUUUUGUAGACCUGGGAAUCUGCUUCUCAUGAAUUUCUCAAGGCAUUUUGUUCUUCUGAUAGGCUUUUAUUUUUUCUCUUUAACAUAAUGCUAUGGUUAAAAGCCAAUGUUGGAUAAUUUAUCAACAAAGGAGAUCAAUUGUGAACUACCUCAUGGUACAUCAAUUUUGUUCAUGUUCUAUCAGUUUUAUUAAUUAAAGAAGUUGUCGGCAUAUUAGUAUUAAUGGUUUGACCUGGUUAUAUGUUAUAAAAAUGAGAUAUGUAAUAAAACCUUACCUAAUCCGGUUCAUUUAAAAUCCAAUUUCAUUAUUUCCGUAUGUGUGUGUUUGUAUGUAUGUAAGCACAAUAUAAAGAGAGUGUGCUCAAAGACAAUGUUUUAUAUACCUUUAAUAAAAUGAUUAGUGGGUUACAAAUAUAGUAAUGUCGAUCCCCGGUACCGAUGAAAAGGAAAAAGACAAAAAAAAAAAAAAAAAAAAAAAAAAAAAAAAAACAAAUAUAGUAAUGAAGCUGCUAAUGAUUAUGUGGAGAAGCGUAAUAAAAUACAAAUACAGUAUCUAUAAAUGGCACUAUACGCCAGGCAACAUGUAAAGCUCUAAAGCUCUUCAUUUCUUCUGUUCUAACAACUGUGUAAACUAUCUGUGUGUUUAAGAUGGAACUAUGUGGGUUAGGUUGUAUGGAUGUCAAAUCUCAGGUUCCUUUCUUACGUUAAGAGUGUUAGUAUCUACAGAUGAUUUGAAAAACAGAUUGGUUUGAUUAUCAUUGUUAAGCUCCAUCUCAGAAGAGUCUGAUUUUUUUACAGAGUUUUAUAUAAUUCGUUUAAAAUGUAUCAAAUUUCAAAGUAAUAUCAGAUGAUAUAAAAGUGGUGUUUGUGUUUGUCACCCUUACACUUCUUUUUUGUUUCUUCACAUGCAACAUGUAACUGGCCUUAAAACUGACAGCAUCUGAAUGUGGCCUUUGGACUGGUUUGAAGUCAGUGUGUGCUGUUGUGUUGUAGUUCUGUGUGAGUUACCUCUGGGGAAAUUCAAUGCAGGGUAUGGGAAAUCAUUUGUGAUUUUUUUCAAUUUCCCAUGGAUUUAUAUUUAUCUUAAACAAACAAAAAGUGUGAAUAUUCUCCAGAACACUUACCUGAAGUAUUUAGUGUCUGACAGGUACCAAAGAAGGAAUGCUUUGACUCAGUGUGAGGUGACUACUGAGCACUGGGUCCUGGGAAGAUUUCCUUAUGUAACAAAUAAUUGCUUUGUCCCCAGAAGUGCUUCUAGAGUACCAUUCUCUCUAAAUCCUCUUGCUAAGAUGGAAGGAAGAUUUUUGAUUAUAUCUACUCAACUCAGAUCACACCACUUGGCUGUGUCCCUCUUACUUAUGCAAAUGGCCAAACCCUGAGCUCUCCCAAAUAACAGGACCCAAUGCUGACAGCUCACUGUUGCGCUGAGAGUAUUCAGCAUAUGCAAGGCCUGGUCAUACCUUGCCCUCAUUACAGACUGAAGCCUCAAGAACCUUAUAAGGCCACAAAAAUAAGCAAUUUCAAACAUGGCACAUUUAAACAAUAAACAUUCUCCCUCUUUUCAAAACCAUUUACUAGAGCUCUUAAUGAAAGCAAGGGACCCUCUUAGCUAAACAAACACAAACUUUCCUUUUGAUUUAUAAUGUAAAUAAAGGAAAACUUUGAAAUUGUCUAGUUGUCCUUCCCUUUUGAGGAUAAAUACUGGCAGUUACCCAUGGCCCUUGCUAUUUGUGCUAAUUCCUGCUAUGUUUAAGCAUCAGUGGAGCCAAAUUUUAGAUCACUGGUUUUGGUAAAUAACUCACAGGGAGAAUAAUAAUUUUCCUUGGCAGUAAGCAGGUUCCCACUGUUUCACAUUGCCUGUGUGCUGUCAGUGAUACACAGGGGCUUCGUGAAAUCCAGUAUCAGAGUCAGUCACGGGGUGCAAACCAGAGAGAGGCUUCCCAUGUGUGCCAGCUAGGCACAGACUGGGGACCAUCCCAGGCUGGCUCAGGCUGCCUGUGGCCUCCUCGUUAGAGAGCAGUGGCUCUAUAUGGAAGAUGCCACUGGCUAAGUACAUCAUUUACUCAGUAUGUGUCCUCAGGAUAGGGCAUUAAUCACCUAGGAACUUGUUAGUAAUCCUCAGGCUCCUACUCCAGGCCCAAAGAAUAUGGGCCUGAGCAGUUCUUAUGGGACUUUCUAAUACCAGCUGUUCUAGUUAAUUUCCUUGUCCUUGGAACAAAAUACUCAACACUGACAACUUAAAGGAGGAAAUUGACCAAGGCAAAUUUUGGUAUCAAAGAAGUGGGGUCAUUGCCAUGAUGCUUCCUAAUCAGCCCUGUGGUUCAAAAGCCUUUGGAAGUGGUUUAUAGCAGUAGUCUGGGAUGGUUUGGAAAUGCUGGCUGAAGAGGACCCAGAAUACUGUAAGUCAAACUUGAUAGGAGACUCUGGACAGAGCUCAGAAGACCAAUCUGCCAAUAUAAAGGCAGACAAUAUGAGACCAGGUUCAGCAGGUUUCAGUUGGGAAGAAAGACUUCAUUGGCAGUUGGAUUUGAGACCACAUGUAUUAUGUGCUGGAAAAACUUUUGUCUACAUUUUGUUCGUGUCCUCAACUGGAGACUGGAGACUGAGAUUAAAGGCAGUUAACUAAUGUUGGAGAGGAAAUUUCAAGGCAGCCUAGUGUUGGGGCUGUGGCAUGCAUAUUGUUUUAUUCAAGAAUAAAAGCCUAUUUUAAAAGUUUUGGUUUUUCCAGAAAGAAGGCACCUGCAAAGAUGGAGCAGAAGAGAGAUUAUUAGUAUUAAAAAGAAACCAAGUACUUUGGAUCAAGGCAUAGGAAAAAUGGUUGAAGGUCAUGUCUAGAAAUAGCAGAGCCCUGCCACUUGCAGAUUUAAACUUGUAAAAGUAAAGACUUUCCUUUGAGAAGAGAGCCCCAAGGUACUGUGCUCCAGGAUGACAGCCUAGGGAAUUUGUUCCCUGAAUUCAGUUCACAGUGAUCACUCAUCUAGGUAUUGGACGCCUCUGGAGCCAUGGCCCAAGAGGGCCUAGCUACUGCUCGAGCUGGCAGCAGACCUUGGUCUCAAUCAUGUGAUGCUAGUUUUACAAGCAUGCAGAAUGCAGAAGUUGUAGGGUCAAGAAGGCUUUCCCUCAGAUUUCAGAGAAAGGCCUGGGAAGCUUGGCAAUGUGCUCCCGCGAGAGAAGUGAGUGAAGCUGUGGAAGUGAAGCUAAAAGUUCAGUGGAGACCUCAGAAAGUUGCAGAUCAUGGAACAUCUGAAGAAAGCAGCAGGCAGUGAGUAAAACCAACCCAAGAAAGAAUCUCUGGCAACUGCAGCCACCAUCAACCUUUAGGGGCAGCAUCAACCAAGUUCUUUGGAGUUCACAUCUCGUCACAGCUCACCAUGGGUGCUGGACAUGAAACUAUAUGAUUUAAUAUUUGCCCUGCUGACUUUUGAGCUUGUUUUUGUCCCAUUGGUUUCUAUUCCCCCAUUCCUCCCUUUAGGAAUAGGAAUGUGUGCCCUGUGCCUUUGAGUGUCAGUGUUUAAUUUUCUUUUGAUUUUUCCAGGAUCUCCCAGCUUAGAAUUUGUCAUAAGUCUCAAAGGCAACUUUUGAUUUAGUCUUUUCACCAAUACAGGAAAUGUUAGGAUUUUGGCAACUCUUACAAUUGGACUAAAUACAAUUUGCAUAAAAAGAUGCAUCUGAGUCUUUUGGUGAUAAGGGGUACAAUGUUAUGUUUUAUAUCUAGAUGUUGCUAAAGAAUGUCAUGUGCUCAUAGGAGGAAUUUUUGCAUGGUGAUUAGGUGUACAGACUGAUAGAUAGAUGGCUGAUGGUUAGGAGGUCGGGUCUGGCCAGAAGUGGUGAAUGUGGGCAUGGCCUAGAGGGAUUUAAUCUCCCUCCUCAGUUCAUUCUGUCUCUGCUUCUCCUCCCCCGUGACAUGAGCAGCAUCUCAUCUGCUUUGCCAUCCUAUCUUGGACUCAGCUCUAUGAACUACAAAUGUGAACCAAAAUAAAUUUUUCCUACUUUAAACUGUGGGUACUGAGUAUUGUGUCCCAGUGAAGAGGGAAGUGACUAAGACCUAAGCUUUGAGCACCAGGAGACAGAUGACCUACUGUGAUCUUCUUCCAGGCUUUUGUCUCUCCUAUAAAAUGAAAAAAAUGAUAAUGAACAGCUUACGUACAUAUCCCAAGCUCUCUAAUUCUAGAAAUCUAUAAUGCAAAUGUACAUGGUUGGCAGUUUUGCAUAGUGAUUAAAAGGACAGACUGUGAGGUCUGACUGCCUGAAUUCAAGUCCUGAUGCCUCUACUUCAUAACAGUGCACACCCAAGCCACCACUGGAACCUACUGUGCACCAGCACAGUAUGUGUGCCCUGAAAGAGUUGUGAGGAAUCAGACAAAAGCUUGAAGAACACCACCUCGUACCUAGAAUGUGCUCACUCAUUAGCUAGUAGAGUAUUUGUCUCUUUCCCCCUCAAACUGUCUGUAAUUUUGAGGAUGGAUUAUAGUUUAUAUUCCUUUAUUUCCUAUACUUCAGCUAUAUACUAAAAUACUCUUAAAGACUUCUAUGAAAAUAAGAUAAUAAUGUAAUGAUUUUAAAAACUUGAAGUCAUCAGAAGGUCUCACAUUAUGUAGUUGGCAAAGUAGAUAAAUUUUUAAUGAACAAGCAACAAUUCUUUAGGAAGGCAUUGAUUGUUUACCAAUGAGGAGAUGUGUGAUUCCUUCCAUGUUAGAACCAGAAAAGAAAUAAAUAAAACAAACUUAGCAUUAUUUGUUUUGAGGUUUCUUUUAAAUAUUUUGACAGUUUUCUAUUCACAAUAGGAAGGCAGCUAAUUCAACUGAGUGGCUGUUAAGUCUUUUUCAUUUGGCUGAUGUAGUGGAACCCUUAGUGUGGUAAAGAUGGUAUAUCCAUGCAUGCUACAUGGUCUGUGUUUUAUAAUUGUUACAUCAAAUUAAAAGGUAGCCUUGUAAAACAAGAUGAUUCCCUGAACUUAAAGAUCCUGAGGUUGACUGAAAUUAAAAGUCAUGAUCAUAUAGUAAGUCAUUUAAGUCUAUCAUUUGCAAAUAGGUGUAUCUUACUCCAUUAUUUAUUCUUUUUAACAUCUUGACUUUAGAGGUAAUUCUUUUAAAAUCUUUUCAACAAAUGAGACAUUGAUAUCUUUUGCUACUUUAAAAACACAACUGAAUAACACAGUCAUUGUUAAAAUUCCUGUUUUAAAAACAGCUUUUUCACCAGGUAUGGUGGCACACAUCUGUAAUCCCAGCACUUAGGAGGCUGAGGCAGGAGGAUUGCUGCAAGUUCGAGGCCAUCCUGGGCUAUAUAGUGAGUUUAGUGGCAGCAUUUACACUUUACAAAAGGCAGUGGGGGCCUCUUACCAUCAACAAUGCUUUUCUCAUUUUGUAGAUAGAAAAAUCAAAGAAGUCUCACCUGUGCCUGUAUUUUGAUCUUCAUCAUUUUCCUUUGAGGCAUACCGGCUUUUAGAUAAGAAAACGGCCAAUUCUUGGAGAGAUAUCAAGAAGCUGCCAAACCCAAACUCAGUUUCCUGAUAAAGCCCUCCCUAUCCUCUCCUUAUCUAUCUCCUUGUUAUAACUUUAUUCAAAUGGGAGCAGGUUAGAAUACACAGAUUGUACACCAAGGGUUCCUAAAUUUUUACCUACUUAAUACUUAAAAUUUUUUAAAUGUUUAUUAAUACAUGUUUGCAGUACAUAACUACAUUCAUCUUAGGGAGUUGAUACAUAUACAUUUGCUGGGUUCAUUACAAAAUAUCUAUGAAAGAGUUCCUUCUUGUAGUAUGUAUUAAGCUUUAGAAUAUUGAUUUGUGAUUUUACCUUAAUUAGGAUGUAUGGUAACAUCCUUGCAGCAUGCUUGUGGCUUUCUACCCUGACAAUACCUGUGAAUCACUUUAAAAGAAAAAUAUUAGUGCACCAGGCUCACUUUCCAGAGAAAAGGCUGUUUUGUUUUGUUUCGUUUUGUUUUGUUUUUUUGAGACAGGGUCUCCCUGUACAGUUCAGGCUGCAACUAAACUCACUAUAUAGUCCAAGGUGGCCUCUAAUUUAUAGCAAUCCUCCUGCCUCAGCCUCCAGAGUGCUGGGAUUAUAGAUGACUGCCACCAUGCCUGCCAAAAAAGCUGUUUUAAAACAGUGUUCAAUUGAAGACUUACAGGAUUUAUGUAGUGUUUUUAUGUAGUUCAAUGUACAUGGUGCCUUUGAAUUUCCUUUUAUCCUAUUGUUGUCCCUGAAAAUGUAACUAAAUUAAUUAAAGUCUUUUCAAAUAGGCUGACAUAGUAAAAACCUCACUCUGGUUAAAAGAAAGAGAGAGAGAGAGAGAGAGAUACAAGCAGAAGAGGGAUUCCUAUUUUCUUUAGGAGUUUUAAAAGACUGCAGGUGUAACAGUAGUAAAUAUUCAGUUUUCACUGUAUCUUGAACUUCAGAGUUGAAAGUAUUCUCAAUGGUUGAUGGUCCAACUUCAUCUUUUACCUGUGAGGUUAUUGAAAAUGAAUCGUAGUUCAUUCUUUGACCAGCACUCAGCAACCUUUCUUGUGAAAUCAGGAAGUGCCCACGCCACAAACAUACUCUUAAUUUCAUCUAUGACCUCCAGCCCAACCCUCCAUCUGGUUUCCUUCCAGUGGGACUGGGUAGCAUCUCACAUGGGCCUCAAGGGUCCUUCUUGUCCCUUCCGGAAAAGCCCAGUCUGGAGUCAGAAGAGGUUUUUCCUACAAUUAACCUCAUCUUGGACUUCAGCAUAAUCCUUGACUAGUACUAUUAUAAUCUUUCAUUCCUUUGUGGGGCCACUUUUUUAAAAUUUUAUUUUAAGGAGAAUAAAACAAAAGAGGACAGAACAAAGCAAAUCAGAAAACAACAAUAUAAGCGAAACAGCACUUCACAACAAGACAACCGGGUGUUAACAGUAGCUACCAUAUCUCUUUCUUUGAAAUAGUUGAGCAUAUCUUCACAUACAAUAAUAUCAAACAAGUGCUUAGUCUCUUAAAACUUUACCUAAUUGGGGUGAGGAAACAGGGAAAAUAAAAUCUCUACUGUCUCUUCCUCUUUGGUCUAGGACCUCACCCUUAUUUCAUUUAACUUUAAUUACUGUCUUGGAUUAUCAGGUCUUUGACGUUUGGUCAGGGAGAGCACAAGUCAAUCCACAGGACUGACUUAGGAGGAGUUAGAUCACAUUUGGGGAAAUGUUGGUUUAAACCGUGUGCUAACCAUUGCCAGUUUCCUUCAGCAAGCAUUUGGUUUACAAGUAUCAGAAAAUGUCUAAACGGAUUAAAUCAAAAUGUCUACGAUACAAUGGAAUGCAGUCUUUUUUGAAGAUACCAUCAUUAUAAAUGGUUUUGCUUAAGAGGAACUCUUUUAAAAAAAAUAAAAUUAUGGAGUGAGAUUUACCCACGUGAAGGAGAAAAGCUCACAUUCUUCCGUACUUUCUUGGCCACGGAUUUCCAGAGAAGCGUGGAGAGGCAGGUGGUAAGACCAGCCCAUGCGCAUGCGUGCCAUUGCCAGGGGCUUUUAGUCCCUUAGAGGACGCUCUGCAGUGUGGCACCUCCUGAACAGAUCUCCAUGAGCAUGUUAAAUACCCUGAAGUUUGUCAGACUGGCGAGUUCCGAGGCAGCCUACAGUAACCUUUUCCCUUGGGGUAGCUUUUAGCUUUCUGCUUUUUCUUCUACAUCAGGAUUAGAGGAAAGUGGCUGGUUUUGUUUUUCUGUCCCCCUCACCCAGGCCCUCCUCCUCCUGCUCCCGGGGGAAGAUAUCACAUAUCAGAGGCCUUCUUUCUGCAGAAAGACUGGGGAUGUCUGCAAAUCUCCAAGGCCUCUGCGUAUUACAAUUCUUAUCUCCAGGGUUCAGAAAGAAAUAAACACUGGUAUGGUGGACAGGAUGGGGCUUUCUUCCCUUUCUAGGAAAAAUGCUGAUGAUUAAUGCCUCCAGCUGUCUUCUUCAGUGAUCUGCGUCAAAAUUCACAAAUGCUCUUCCAACUUAGAAGAGACCAUUUAUUCUUUUUUCCUUCCCUGUAAGUCUAGUUGUGUGGUCAUUGUUUAUUUUGAUGGGACCAACCAAAAUCUCCAAUUCUAACGUGUAACUUCUGCCCUGUUAUUUUUUAAAAGGUACCCCCCCCCAAAGAAACCUAGCAUUUUACGUAAAUUUUGUCAUUUAUAGUGAAUGGAUCUUGGCCCAUUUUUCAGAAGGCCAUCAAAAAUAAUUUCCUGCUUCAAUAUUUCUGUAAGGGUGGGCAGAUGGGCAGGAUCCCAGAGUGUCAUCAGGCAGUUCAAUGCAUCAUUUUCUGGGGGCCAAAUUGCCCAGGCUGGGCUUGAAUUUGUGUUCUUUCUGCCUUAGCCUCUAGAGUAGUUAAGAUUACAAGUGUGUCAGGCAAUUCUAAAAUUUUUUAAUGUCAAAAACUCCAAUGCCAGUUACCUGGAUAUUUAGUUUGGCAGAACUCCCAGGUAACUGCUGCUUCUAUCUUAAUUUCUAUUAUUCAACCCUAAGUGAAUUCUAACAUUUUUAUUGAAACAUAGGUAUGUAAAACAACUAGAAGGCUAAGACUAGUUCAUAUAAAUAAUGGAAAGAUGAAAACAUUCCUUGACUUGCUAUUUAUAUUCCCCCCUCCCUGCCCCUCCAAACCAUCUUCCUUUCUUUCACCUUCCUCACCAAAUCUUUCCAUCACAGGAAGAUUGGUUUAUGGCUUUUCCCCAUGAAUCUUGUCUAAAGCAGCAAAACGUGAUGCUUUGUUUCUUACAUUUCAUUUUCAUAUGGCUCGCAGAUUGAAAAGCGAUGAACUGGUGUAACCAUGUUAUACCACUGGGUACUAACAUAGUAUACAGGCCUGUAUCUAGAUAUUCGUGUGUGUGAUCCAGCAUCAGAUACCCCGGAGCCAGACAGAUCAUUUAAAAGAGAGAGCAGGAGGGUAGAACACCAAAGACAGUGGUGAGGACUGCAGCAAACUGGACAUCGCAGUCAGGCUAAAGCAAGCAGGCCAGCCUGGUCCCCAUCUUUGCUGCUGAGCAGCAAUGUUAGACUAGUGCUAACAGAGUUUUGUACUUUGGAGUUGUUGCUGUUUUGGGAAAACGCUUCUCUCACUUAAAAAUCCUCAUUUUUAUGUAAGAAGUCUGAUUUUUUUUUUUAAACUCGAGACUUUGAUUUAAAGACAUUUAAACCCAGCAUUGACCACAUAACAGAUCUGCAGGUCAUACUUUUUAUCUGUGGGCCUCAAUUCGCAGCUUCUGGGGCCGGCUUUGGCUCAAGCCAGACCUCACCAGCCCCUCUGAGUGAAGUCACUUUAAAUAAUAAUCAAACUCUGCUGGCUCUGUUCUCCUUCCCACCAGCACAAGGGCAGGACCUCGCCCUUGCCUGUCUUCCCCUGGAGCACCCUGCAGCCCAGUCCUGAGCAUGCAGUUUCCAAGCUCCAUUCCAGGGAGAGGAAUCCUCUUGGUGGGCCUGGUCCCCUUCCUGGGCUGCUGAAACUCAUUGUUCUCUCCCCGGGGAAAGGGUCUCUUUUCCCUGUGCUUCCUUCCACUGGAUAAAAAGACCUCGCUGCUAAUUGACUGGGCUAUUUCUGUUGUAAUAUUUUUUCCCUUUUUGUUUCCUGCCACACAGCCUCUUCUUUCUUCAUAAGGCACAUGCAGGCUUCCAGACUGGUUGGCAGUGGGACCCCGUACAGUAUCAGCCACAGCCACAGCCACAGCCACACACAGUCUCAGUAACCAGCACGUCCCCUGGGCCUCAUGGCCUUUGCUCACUCUAUUGCUUAUUCCGUCCAGUCUUUCUUCCUCUUGUCUCGCCCAGGCUGCUGUCUUUUGUUACUACCAGAAGCCCACCCUCAGCUCCUGGAGUAGAACCUGUGAUACACACCUAAAAAUUAUCUGAAUGUCAGUUUUAGAUAUUGUCAGAACUCUUCAUCCGGGAGCCAUCUUAGACAAGCCCCUUAUAAAUCAAUCAUGGCAAGUAGACGUGAUUGGGGACAACUACCAGGAAUCUUCCUUCCAGCCUCACUUACUCGAUCUCUACAGAGGCUCACCCAGGACACCUUAUUGCAUGCUUUUGUUCUAAUCAUGACUGUUGCAGACGAGCAUAGGGGUUGAAUGAUUUAAAACCAACUGUACUUUGCGUUAGUUAGAGAAGCAUAGUUUUGCAGUUGUAUAGUUCACUCAGUGUCUGUGUUACUGCUAUUCCCAGGGUAUAUUAGGGCAGGUACUUGGUUGGGAUGCAGCCACAAGUUAUGACAACACCCGUAUGGGUAAAAGGAGCUAUUUCAUAAUCCACUUUAUAACCUGGUUUUCAGAACGCAAUUUUGCAGAGAGUGGAGAUGAUGUCAUUGAAUACAUAAAAAGCAUGACCUGAACAAUAGACAUGGGGCUGCUUUUAGAUGAUGUUGAGAAUUUUUGUAGGGCCUUUUUCUCCUGGUAAUUGCUAAAUUAAGAUGUCUCUCACAAAUUCUGACACCUAAGGAAUUAUCAGUAAUUUAAAUCGGUUAUUGCAUUAUUAUGGUUUAUAUCUCAAAUGUCUCUCAAAAACCUCAUGUGUUUAGAAGUGGCCCGAGAGGGGUGAUUGGAUUCUGAAAGGCUUAACUUCAUUGAUUAAUCUGUUGGUGAAUUGUGGCUGAAGGGGUUAUUAGGAGGCGGAGCCUUGUUGCAGGAAGCAGGUCACUGGGUGUGUACUUUGCAGAGCAUAUUUUAUCUCCAGUCCCUUCCUCUAGGAGCUCUUUCCCAUUUCAUUUCCUGGCUGCUGUGAGGUGAGCAGCUCUCCUCCACCGCCCCCUUCUGCCGUGAUCUUUCUGCCUCACCACAGACCUAAAAGCAAUGGAGCCAGCUGUGAACUAAAAUCUGAAACCAUAAGCCAGAAUAAAUCUGCAUUCUUUUUAAGUUGUUUAUGUCAGGUGUUUGUCACAGCAAGAAAAAGCUGGCAUACCUGUCUGAAGGCCACAUGCUUCUACCACACACACCAACUCAUGGUUUUUUAUAAUAGAUCCACAUUUAAGAUCCUAAAGUUGUUUCUCAAGAGAAACUGUCCACAGAGUUAAGAAGUAGGUCACAGUGUUGACACAUCACCCCAAAUCGUGGAAUCUUUGAUUCAUGGGUUUGGAAAGUGUUCUUAAAUGUCAGACAGAGACUCCAGAGCUCAUUUUUCACUAAUCCAGAGGGAAUGUGGAAUCCAAAGAGGUUAGCGACCUGGCCAAGAUGAUAAACAUGUCCAGUAGAUCUGACAUUCCACAUAUCUGAACUGUGGGUCUUAUGUCCUUUCCACACAUUGUUUCACAAGCAGCACAUGCUGACUUUGACUACAUAAAAUAAGCUCAGCUCUGGGGAUGAUUUUUUAUUACUAAAUCACUAGGAGGAAACUGGUAGUCAUUGUGGAAACAUAAUUCUUCCGUCCUCUAGAGCAGCUUAAUUUGUUAGGUUUGUCAUUUUGUUAUGUCUUCAUCUGAGCAGACUCCUAAGUAGAAGUUUUGUGUCUGGGCAGCUGCUCCUGGCCAUAGGUCUCAUAGUUAAUAAGUCGGGUAACCUAGGAAAUACACAAAGCUCAGAUGGAUGUGAUCAGUUAAUAAGGCCCUAGAAGCAUCAAGAGUGAGUAGAGUAAUGGGCUCCCCCUUUCCUCAGUCUGUCCUUUCGUGACCCCUUCCUUUAGGGCUCUUUUGAUGUUCAAUUUAAUCUGAUUAUAUCUAGGUGAAAAAGCUGGGCAGGGAAGAUUACACUGUGAUUUACUAUAACCACAUUUUAUAAGACCCUUGUCCAAGUGGUUACACAAAAACAAUGUCACGAUUAUUGCCCAAGCAGCUCUGCUCCAUGUUUAGAGGAAGAAAAUAACCUAAGACAGAAAAUGCAUGUAAACAGAUUAUAAAGUAGGAUUAUACCAGAAUGGAGAAGAAAAGUAGAAGGGACUUUCGAGGUGGGGCACUGUUAAGAGUAAACAAAAUUAUUAAUUGUAGUAUGCAAUUGUAUGUGUGCACGCAAGAAAAAUAUCUAGGUUGGGUGGUCACUGGCCUAAUGCCAGAUGUACCUACAGGAAGUCUGUGCCUACAGGAAGUGAGAGAGCCUGGAUGGUCCUUUCUUUCCACUGGCUUCCCUCCAGUUACUUCUCAGCCUUCAGAUGGCCCUGAAGGACAGCGGUGCUAAUGCUGUUUCUAAGGGUAUGACUUGGAAGAGUGAGGAGCAUAUUUAUUCCCCAGAAGACAUUUUUACAGUAGUAAGUUGACAUCAGCAGUGUGACAAUUCUGAAAACACUUCAGUGGAAACACUAAGAAAACAAAAUGUUGACACACAGGGAGAAGGUGACCAAGGGGCAGCACCAUUUUUAAGUGCUGUCCCACAAUAUCUACAACUUCAAGAUAUAACCUUCCCCAUGAAUCCUCUGGGCCAGUUCCUUAAUAAACAUUUGAAUGAAGGGGCAAAUAUCUAUGGAAAACCCUAGAAUCCAUCUCACAUAAUUGAGGACCCUACACAUCAGAGGUGUGAUUUCUCUUGUGUGUUCGUAGAAUGGUCCUUCAAGAGCUUCAGCACAAUGCGAGAAGGUACUUUAAAGACAGGAACUGCCUCCCCUCCAAGUAGACUGGGUUAUCUGAUCAGGGAUGCAUUGCUUAGUGAUCAGCAGGAUCUAAGCGGACACAGUGCACACUUCCUGAGAUGUCAUAACCAAUGAAGACUGUCAGAGAGGUCAUGAGGAGUUAGAGUAGAAUACCCUGAAGUCUCUUGCCAGGAUUGAUAAGCUAUGAUCAUACGAUGUUAGUCCAUCUGUUCCUUUGCUAGAAAAUAAGCUCCACGAGGACAGGGACUUUUACUAUUUUAUUCACCAUUAUAAUUUUGGUGCCUGAGACAUUAUACAUGGAAGUGGCUCAGUAAUAUUGAGUAAAUUAAUAUAUUAGUCAAAGCAAUGUGAAAUGUAUUUCUGGCUUGGAAUGAGCUCCAACCCAUCUGACUCAGACCAAUCGUAAUCACAAAGGGACUAAAAUUCGACAUUAUGCCAUGAAAUUAAAAAGCAAGGGUCACCGUUCUGAAGAAGCACCUGAAGUCAAACUGAGGUCUGCUUUGACGGUCAGAGAUUCUGGAGUUAGCAUGAAAUCGUGUCUGCCUGAAACAGGCAAGGCACUGAAUUAGCUCAGCUGGUUCACACUUAGUGUUUUUAACCAAGGAUCCUUACAUUAAAGGGGCAGAUUGGCUAGGCGAGCCAGAGGGGAUGUGCCAUAGGAGAGACAGCAGCAGCAGGCAGCCUUAGCCCCCUGGGACAACGCCCAGUGAUGCUGGGGGGACUAGGGGACAACAAAAGGUCGAGAUGAAGGGAGCCUGGGAGGGCUGGAGUCACAGUGGAGCUAUGUGGGAUGCAGCCAUUCCUGACCACGACACCCCUAAUCAUCAAGGGAGUGGAGGAAAUGCCCAUUUCCCUGUCUUGCCUCAUGACAUCGGUGCCUCCCACUAGCCAAACCUAUCUGGAUGCCAGCCAGCCAGCCAGCAGGGUGUGCACAGCUGGGCACAAAACAGGACCCAGAGACGUGGGGGCAGGUACAAUACGCAAGGAAUACCUAUCAUGGAGUAUGAGUAUAUAUACCCCAUAAACAAAGUGUAGAGGCAUCAUCGAAGUGGGCAGUGAAAGGACUCACUAUAAUCCCACCUCUCCAACUGCUGGUAUUCACAGUUUGGCUUUUUCCUCCUUGUUUUUCUCUUUUCUUAUACACUUUGAAAGGAUUUGAUCGUUUUUAUACACUUUGAAAGGAUUUGAUCGUUUUUAUUUAAAAUAAACCGAAAUAAAUUUGGUUACACUUGUUUCAUGACCUAAUUAAAAUAAACCUGCAGGGGAACAGAGAGCUCCUUUUCCUUCCCUUUGUUCUGUUAACAUAAACAAGUUACUUCAUGUACCUCUGUGGGAACCAGGAAUUAAGCAAGCGCUUAGACUCACAAAAACUUUCAGCAAGUUUGACUGUCAGCGUGGAUACCGAGUAAUUAAACAUCAGAUGAAAGAUGAGUCCAGCUGGGCUUACUCUUUGAGAUUGGAAUGGAACUGUAAGGGCAGGCAACCUAAGUGGAGCUUGAUCUUACUUUUCAAUGGACCGUUUGUGUCCACCUGAAGGGCAGCAAAGACAGGUUAGAAAAAUCAAGACAACUGUUCCUGUACACAAUUCUUAAUAGUUUAUGUCUGUGGCGUCCCACAUUGCUGACUGACAUUCAUCACACUUGUCAUUCAUUAUUUGAGGCUUAUCCACUCUUGCGUGGCAGGUGCCCAAAAAAGGCAAAGCCCGUGUCCAUUAACUGCUCAGCAUGAAACCUGGGGCCCAGUGGGCCCUAGUUAGUCAGGGUAAGUGGGUGACUCUGUUAAUUAAAAGUCAAGAGAAAAGGUAAAGGGACAAGGGUCCUCAGGUUGCUGCUGUAUUUGCUGCAGUUUAAAAAGCUGAGAUCAGUACCCAGGGUAACAAGUGGGUGUUGUAGAUACACUUAACACACUGAGAUCGGCAGCCCUUGGUGCCUUCAGUCUACAGAUUAAAUUUUUAAAUGUGUUUCAUUAACAAAAGACAGAAUGUCAUCAAAAUGACAGAUGAAAUUGUCUUAUGUAGCAUUGCCCAUUGAUCUCAAGGAGCUAGUUCUAUUUCUUAUUCACUUACAUGAAAAUAUUAUGACAGAAAGUAGUUUGCUUCGCUGUUAAUAUAUGAUCACAAAUAUGCAAGGGUGUACAGUACUAUGUAUUCCUGUAACCACUUUUUUCUUGGUUGUGUUGAAACUGCUUGUGUUAACCAGAUAAUCAUAGUUAUACACAAGUUAUUUAUUUUUUAUGUUUAGUAAUUCUGCUUCAUUGUUGAAUAUAUUCCUUUCUCAGAUUAUUUUCAUUGUUUUGAUGUCUAAAACAUUAUGCAUACUGUUUAUCAUAAGACUUCAUGAAGUUAAUAAUUUUGCAUAUAAUUGGAAUAAGCACUGAUCUCCACACUAAAAAGAAGGAAAGGUUUUUAUGUGAGUAGUGCAACUAACGUUGAAAUAAUACUCUUGUUCUGCAGUUUACUCUACUAUACCAUAAAUGACAAAAACAAUCCCUGUUUAGUGUUCUCAUUUAGUGGAAAAAGUCAGAUUUCCCCAGGAUUUUAUUGUCUGUUGUAGCUGUUUGACACUACAGUAGCUGAAUGCAGUGCCAUUUUAAUUUCCUUUUUUAUUAAAAGUGCUCAAAAAUUUUUAAAUGUUUUCAAAAAUAAUUAAAAACAUUUUAUAUAUAAAAAAAUUCUUGAAAGAAUUAAGUCACCUCAAAUUACUUACAAGUUAAGUUCUGCUUUUUUGGUGUAGAAUCUGCAUUUGGUGUGAUAUAAAUUCCUGCCUGAAUAGGAUCGUCCCCAUGACAUGGUAUGGGAGGCCAAAUAAAUAUAAUCUCCAAUCCUCUGCCCCUACUAUGGUUCUAAAAAUGAAGUUAAGCUGUCAACUACUGUGACACUGAUGGUAACUUUGGGAGCAGGAAAGAAGACAGAUUUCAGUGACCCUGAAGAGGUUCUAAACUGGUUCAGAAACUGAUUUAAAUUUGCACCAAGCACAUUGCUUGUGUCUCCUCUGUCACUCAUAAGAGUCACCUCUGAAGCCACAACCUUGGGUCAGCAGAGGGUGGGGGCAGCCGCAGUAUGGAAUCCUCCCCUUGACUCCAUUGCUCUCAAGGAGCUGUGUCACAAACAAAGGAGGAAAGGUGGACAAAUAGGGGUUGUCCUCCAUGCCAGUAUGUGACGAUGACUAUUAAACUGUAAGAGAUUCUUGUUUUGAUUUGUAUUUUGGAAAACACUACUGCAGGAUUUCAACAGAGCACUCUAACACCUUCUGCAAGUUCAAGUACUACAUUUUUUAGAGCACUCUCCAAAGUAUAGAUUGUGUUGAAUGCCUUUAGUUAUGAAUGGAUUAGAUGUGUGUUUAUCUGCUAGAGAAAUAUGUGUCUGGAAGCAGACUGCAUUCUUCCAAGGAUAAUUUGUUCAUCGUGCUUAACAUAGCAAGUCCGCCAGUGGUGUCCUUAAAGAUGGGACCCAUAGAUUAUGAAAAGCCAGAGGCUUAUUGUAACAUACUUGCUUGCUUGCUAUCUAAAAAUUGUGCAGUUAUGAAAGAACCAAGACUUGAUUUCAUUGUCUCUGGAAAAUAAAGACCAAAUAGCCUAAUAAAAGAACAGAGUUAAAAAUAAAGCUAAUGAUUGUCCCAGAAGCAGAGAAAUCAGCCCAUGAGGGAGCCUUAAAACAGAAUGAGACAUUAGAACCCCAGAAUGCAUGCUUUUAAAGGCUGUCUCUGCCACCCCUCGGCUGGCUGGUAGGUAUAGGAGGUAGAAGUUAAAUUAUAAUUUUUCUGCAGGGGAAGUAUGAGCUGUGAAAACCAGUGUGCUGAAAAACAGUAGCCUUCGUGUGCUUGUUAAAAGUCUUAUGACCAUGCCUCAACAUUGACAUUAGGGCAGUAGGGGAUAAGGAGCUAGGUUUUCUGUUGGAGGAUUUGAGUACUAGUAACUAGUAUUUGUAGUUUGCUUUCUUCUGUUAGAUUCAAUGCUCAGGAACAAUACAAAAAAUACUUUCACUUAAUCUCUCCUGUACUUGGUGCUUAUGUCUGCCUUAGACCUCUGUCUUUUGCUCAAAGUGAAUACGUUUUCGAUUUGUGAAAACAAACUUACUUGCCAUUAAAAUUAUUUCACCUUGAAAAAUAGCUUUUUACAAGAAAAAAUCACCAGGUUAGGCUUUCUUAUUUGACCAAGUAUAUAGAUUGGUGCAGAUAACAAUAGGAAGGCAGAAUUUGUAGCUGGUGAUGUUUUCUGGGUUUAGAGUAUGCAGUGUAUGGAUUUUUAAUAAAUAACUGCAGGGCGGAAGGGCCUUAGUACAUUACUGCUUACUUUCAGGAAGAAGGUCAGUGUGUCCUUCAAAGGGCCUUUAAUGGGGAUGUGUGGCAGGCACUUUUGGGUAUGCAGUUGACUUUAAUGUCUGUCGCAUUUAUUCUGUGGUAUACUGGUAGAAGACGUAAUACCAUGAUAUUUUUUCCCAAAGAAAAAGUUCUGAUAGAUUAAAAGUAUUUUUUAAGUAUUUUGUUAAUAUACUGUGCAUCGGAAAAUAAUCAAUUCUAUCAUUUGUUUUGGUCCUAUCAUUUGUCACAAUGGCAAUCAAUAUCAUAGUUCACAAGACAGAGUUCUCAAACACACACACAGUUCUCCAGCCUUUAAAUUGUAAUGUUACAGUCAGGCAAGUGGCACACACAUGUAGUCCUACCAUACCAGGAGGCUGAGGCAGUAAAAUCUCAAGUUUUAGCCCAGCUUGGACCACUUAGUGAGACCCUGUCUUAAAAGAGAACUAGAGUAAUAGCUCAGUGCAAAGGCCCUGGGUUCAAUCCUCAGUAAUGCAAAAAAAAAUUAUAUUCUAGGUGUAAAACACUAUAUUUUGAAAUAGCCCCUUGUGAUUUCUAGCACCUUUGUGCCUGAAACUACAGUUUCCUAGAUCUGCGUUAUCUAGUAUUGGUUAUAUGAAGCAAAUCUUUUUUUUGCACCUCAAAAUGUAUGCAUGCCUUUGUCCUUCCUCCUCUCUCCAAGGUGAUCGUCUCCCUUUAUUGACAAGUUUCUUGGUUGGAGCUGUUGCCCGGGUGCAAAAUCAGCAAACUGUCUCCACCCAGCGAGGUCUUGCUGAGUCCUGGCAACUGUGUGCAGCCUAUGCUUCUUCCUGUCCUUCCUCCAAUCCCAACCAGGAAAACCCACUGUGGUCUCAUUCCUGAUGCCUGAGAGUCCCCUGGGAGGUGGGCAGGCUAAUUCCUGGUAGGCUGGCAAUGAUUCCAUAGUCUUUUCUAGGAGAUUUCAAAGUUUUAACUGGUGACUUUUACCUUAAAGCAAAAAGUACUCCGUUUCUGAUGUGGAUUGACUAUCCCUAAUCUGAAAAUCUGACAUCUGACAUGCCCCAAAUCAUCUGAAAUGCCCCAAAAUCUGAAACAGUCUGAGUGCUGACAGGAUGUCACAGGUAGAAAUUUCAAGUCAUAAAAAAUGUCUUUCAUGUACAAAACUAUUACAAAUAUUGUGUAAAGUUAACUUCAGGCUACAUACACAUAAGUUAUAUAUAAGCAAAUGUUCCAAAAUUUAAAAUAAAAAAUCCAAACUCUGAAACCUUGGCCCACAAUAUUUUGGAGAAGGAAUAUUUGAUAUGUGGUAAGAGCCCAGACCCUAUGACAAAGUUUUCGGGGGGAUUUUUAUUUUUAACAGCUAGUGGGGACUUUCUGGCUGCCUUCAAGUCAGGCCCCACUUUCUUGGCUUGUAUUCUUGCUCUACCUGCUGUCCAGUGUGUGCUGGUCUUCUAUGACUUGCCUCCUUUUCCAGGCGGGGACACUAAGAAAAAUGCCCCUACUCCCUGAUUGUAUAAUUAGUGCUGGAAGGGGAUUAAAAAGAGUUGCUUCCCAGAGAGAGUACAGUGUCUUACCCCUGAAGAGACACAUGUGCAUUUACCUGUGACCAGUCUCACCGUCCUUUAGAAAGGAAUUUUGCUUUUCCCCCAGUGUUCAAAUCACCAAAUGAAUUCCUCUGUGAGAAUACUACUGCUUGUGCCUUUUGUAUGUCAGAGGAUUCCUUUUGCUGCAUGUGUGAGGUCUAGUGGCAACUCAGCAGGGCACCUCCACAAACUACCUGCAGCUCCAGGGGGACGGAGUUGUAGAGUGUGAGAUGUGGGGCCUAGGCCAUGAAGCUAUUGUAGAGGUCACACGGAACACAUGGGGGCCCUAAAAAAAAACUGCGCACUGAGGGGUGAAGUUUAAAGGUUACUCAAGAAAUGUGUUUCCCUCUUUUGUCCUCUUUUCCUCUUAGCUUGUGUGUGUGUGUGUGUGUGUGUGUGUGUGUGUGUGGAGAGGGGAGGGGUUAUCGCUCCACUAUUUAUUUGUUAAUUCAUUUUGCAAAUCCAUGGUACUUGAGCAAUGAUAAAGGUAAAAAGUACGUGUCCCCUACUCUGAAAAUGCUUAUAAUUUAGAAACCUAGAUUCAAAAUACCUUAACUCCUGGUUAUUCGUGACUGCAGUAUAGGUGGUUUCAGUUAUGUGCAAGUGAUCCAAGAGGUCUUUGCUCACCCCUGCUGAUGAUCUUGCCAAAGCAAGAAUCAGAGACAAACUAAGAUAUAAUUGUGUCCUGGGACCAAAUAUGGCCUGUAUGUCACUUCAAAGCUUUCCUUCAGUAUUGUCACUUGUCCUGUCAGUAAGCUUAGCAAACUGCCCACAAGCCUAUCACAAAGAAGCUUUGCCAUUUUUGUUUCCUUGAUCAAUCAUGUUUAUUGGCAAAAAAAAAAAAAAAGAAAAAAUUCAAGGGCAGUAACAUUUUAUUGGAUAAUAAUAGUAGCCAACUUGGUAUCAGAGGCUAUGCACAGAAAGUAAAUUGAACCAGGAAGCCAGGAAAUUGCAUAUUCAGCCCCAUCUAGUUUAGAUCUGUGUAUCUUCCAGUAUAGGAAAGUUCCCUGGUCCCUGCAACUGACAGUACAGAGCAGGAAGCUACAGUUGGAAAAUAAUUGAAUAGUGUAAUAAGCAGCUGUUUAAUAAAUGCACAGAGAGGGGCAAGAGCAGUCUGGAGAUCAAAUGGGAGCACGCAAGCUUGGAGCUGACUCAGCUAAGCAGAAAGGAGGGUGCUUCCUGGAUACAGGUACAGGGCAGCUGGAGGGUCACGGGGGGUGAGAAUGGAAGCUGAGACAGUCUGCACAGCCUAGGGAGGACCUUUCCUCUCAGCUGCCUUCCAAAAUCCUGAAUUGCCAAUUUCUGAUGGAUCCUGGUAGAUCUGUUGGGGGAAUUGUUGCAACUGGUCCUGUGAACUGACUGAUGUACUUCCAUCUUAUUAAAGUAGCACUUUUUAUGUUCAACCUUAUUUGAAAGGAAAUGGGCCUUCAAGCAAAUUACCUUAUUAUGCUGUUAGUUUAAAAUUACUUAAUAGGCAUGGGAUAGAAAUAGCUAUAUUAAAGAUGAUCUGCUAAUGUUGUUUUCCAUAACCACUAAUGAACACUUUAAUGGAAUGUCUACUUAAAGGAUUUUAAUCCUUUAAAAGAGGUGAGUUUUAGAUAUCUCUAUAUGAACAAAAUCCAUUCUUUGAAUUUUACCUCCAUGACAGUGAUAUCAAUUUCUGGUAGCAUAUCUGUACUUCUGGAGACCUUCAUCUAAGGAAUUUAGUAUCUCUUUCAAACAUAAAUCUUUUGACUCUUAUGUAGAAAUAGCUACAGGAUUUUAAAAAGGACAGUCUGCCUUAGGGAAAUCAAAGCCCAAAUAAUUUGGAGUCCAGCUUACUGAAGUGCAGGAAUUAUAUCAUUCUGUCUUUACUUUUUAGUAUUUAUAAAUCACAGAUGCCUGAGGCUAUCUGGGCAUGGUGGCAUACACACAUGAUACCAGCAAUUUGGGAGACUCAGGCAAAAGGACCACAAGUUCAGGUCUUACCUGGGCAAUUUCUCAAGCCCCUGUCUCAAAAUAUUAAGAAAAAAAAUUGGGCUAGGGAUUUAGCUCAGCGGCAUAAGCACCUGCCUUGCAAGCGCAGUCAUGGGUUUGAUCCCUGGUACCAAUUAAAAAAAAAAAAAGAAAGAAAGAAAUUGUAGAAUUUAACUGCUUUUUGAAGUAAUCCGUGUAAGUUUUGAUUUUAGAUACUGCUUUUAAAACUGUUUUUUGAGAAGUUAAAUUUAAAUAUCUUCUUGCAUAACAUUGCUUAUUUAAAACUAUAUUGUUAACAUACUCUAAUUUUCUAAACUGCUCUCUGCUGGAUGUGAUUCACUGUCUCACACCCACCCCAAACUUCCCUUUGAAAGUUGGAUUAAGGAUGUGUCCGUUUACACUGAAACAAGCUCCUACUUCAGGAAGUGAACUUGCAAAUAUUCCAGCUCCCAAGAUCUGGCUUAUUUUAAUGCGGAGUUUAAGGAGAACCCCAAGGAGCUUUAGGCGAGUGUGGGCUGUAUUUGAUGUUCACAAAAGAAUGGAAGUCAGAGGGUGUUGCUCAGUGAAGUGUGCAUUUGCAAGUUACCCACAGUGGUGUCUAUUGUCCUGUUUCUCAAUUGAAUGAUGUCAUGUUUCAUUUAAGGCUCUCCGUGAUGCUGAAGUCUGUGGUCUGCACACUAGGGGGAAAAGGCAGGGAGAAAGUUGCAAAUCAGGUUUUUGUGAAGCCUUUGUGUGUUGGGUUUGAGAGAUAAAAGCUGACUCAUGCAAUAUUUCCACGGAAGGCGCUGCACAGACUGGUAAACCCGUCUUGUUUUACCUGACUGAGCACCCAGUGAGGUCACUGCAUCAGCUGAAGGCAGACAUGUGCUGUCGCCCAAGUGGAGCCCAGAUGGGCAGUGGCUGCGUCUUGAAGUGCCAUCAGCUGUAACCGAAGUUCCUGAUCACAAAACGACAGCCCAACAUUCUGGAUCCCCAGAACCCAAGACCAUGGAGCUCUCUGACAGUGACCGACCUGUCAGUUUUGGCUCCACCUCAUCCUCUGCCUCUUCCCGGGACAGCCAUGGUUCCUUCGGGAGCAGAAUGACCUUGGUUUCCAAUAGCCAUCUGGGCUUGUUUCACCAGGACAAGGAAGCGGGGGCCAUAAAACUGGAACUGGUUCCAGCCCAACCGUUUUCCAGCAGUGAGCUGCAGAGGGACAGCCCCGCAGGGCCACAGAACAUGGACCACGGCAUCGAGAGGCAGCCCAGGAACCAGUGGGGCACAGAAGCAAAUGGAGCACCCAACACAACUGCAGACUCAGCUACCAGUCCCAAGCUUCUCUAUGUGGACAGAGUUGUGCAGGAAAUUCUAGAGACUGAAAGGACUUACGUGCAAGAUUUAAAAAGCAUCGUGGAGGAUUACCUGGACUGCAUCAGGGACCAAACGAAACUUCCCCUGGGGACUGAAGAUAGAUCUGCCCUAUUUGGAAAUAUACAAGAUAUUUACCACUUCAAUAGUGAACUUCUACAAGAUUUAGAAAACUGUGAAAAUGAUCCAGUGGCCAUAGCAGAAUGUUUUGUGUCCAAGAGUGAAGAGUUCCACAUUUAUACCCAGUAUUGCACUAACUACCCGAGGUCAGUGGCUGUGCUAACCGAGUGUAUGAGGAACAAGGUGCUGGCCAAGUUCUUCAGGGAGCGGCAGGAAACGCUGAAGCACUCGCUGCCCCUGGGAUCCUACCUCCUGAAGCCCGUUCAGCGGAUCCUCAAGUAUCAUCUCCUCCUGCAUGAAAUAGAAAAUCACCUGGACAAGGACACCGAUGGCUAUGACGUGGUGCUCGAUGCUAUAGACACAAUGCAGCGUGUGGCCUGGCACAUCAAUGACAUGAAGCGGAAGCACGAGCAUGCGGUGCGGCUGCAGGAGAUACAGAGCUUGCUCACUAACUGGAAGGGGCCAGACCUCACCAGCUACGGGGAACUGGUGCUGGAAGGGACCUUCCGACUCCAGCGGGCCAAGAACGAGCGGACGCUCUUCCUUCUGGACAAGCUGCUCCUCAUCACGAAGAAGAGGGACGACACGUUUACAUACAAAGCUCACAUCCUGUGUGGCAACCUCAUGCUGGUGGAGGUGAUACCCAAGGAGCCGCUCAGCUUCAGCGUCUUCCACUACAAGAACCCCAAGGUGCAGCACACAGUUCAGGCUAAAUCCCAGCAGGACAAGCGCCUCUGGGUUCUGCACCUGAAGAGGCUAAUCCUGGAGAACCACGCAGCCAAGAUUCCAGCCAAGGCCAAGCAAGCAAUACUUGAAAUGGAUGCCAUUCACCAUCCAGGCUUCUGUUACAGCCCUGAGGGGGAGACAAAAACAUUCUGCGGCUCAAAAGAAGGUUCUGCACCAUAUCGACUGAGAAGAAAGUCUGAACCUUCCUCAAGAUCACAUAAAGUUUUGAAGACCAGUGAAACGGCACAAGACAUCCAGAAGGUUGCCAGAGAGGAAGGCUCCACCCAGCUGCCUUCUGCAGGGCCUUCUCCUGCCCAGAGGAACAGUCAGCCCAGCAGCUCUGCAAUUCUCAGCGCGCUUCGUGGGGGUGGUGCCAUCAGGAACAUCUGGACCGAUCACCAGAUUAGGCAGGCCUUGUUCCCCAGCCGCCGGUCCGCACAGGAGAAUGACGAUGAUGAAGAUGAUUACCAGAUGUUUGUACCAUCCUUUUCCUCCUCAGAUUUGAACUCAGUCAGGCUGUGUGAAGACAGCAGCACUUCGAGUCGCCCUUGCAGCUGGCAUAUGGGACAGAUUGAGUCCACAGAGAGCUCAGGUGCUGGCCACAGGAUUGUCCGACGGGCCAGCAGUGCUGGUGAGAGCAACACAUGCCCUUCUGAAAUAAGAAUUAAGGACAGCAAUGGCUCUCAGUACAGCCCCCGAAGGGAACUGCAGAAUGGUCCUCACACUGAAGUGCAGGAAGAGGUGAAUCCUUUUGGGUCAGCUGUAGAGUUGACAAUUGACGAUAUAGACCAUGUCUAUGAUAACAUAAGUUAUGAGGACUUAAAGCUAAUGGUUGCUAAACGGGAAGAACCUCAAUCUACUCCCCUCAAAUCAGCCAGGGAUUCGGUUCGCCCUAAGAGCACCCCAGAGCUUGCCCUCUCGAAGAAGCAAGCUAGCUACAGCACAGGCUCUCUACACACAAGGAGAGAUGGAGCCCUGGGCAGUCGGGCAGUGUCUAACCAAAGCACACAGGAGCUCCAGGUGGAGGAGGAGAACAUCUAUGAUACUAUACGGCUCCCAGACCCACCAUCGCUGGAUUUCAAGUGCAGCAGCCUAAAGCGGUCCAAAAGGAGCACCUUCCUAGGACUAGAAGCUGACUUUACAUGUUGUGACAGCCUGAGGCCAUUUGUGUCCCAGGAUAGCCUCCAGCUGAGUGAGGAUGAUGGACCUUACCAUCAAGGGCCUCCAGACAGUGACUAUUUGAGCUUGCUGUAUAACUCUUCCAACUGUAACCUGUCCAUAGCUGAUAAGACCCUGUCUGAUAAACUGUCAGAAGAGGUAGAUGAAAUCUGGAAUGAUCUAGAAAAUUACAUCAAGAAAAAUGAAGACAAAGCUAGAGACCGUCUCCUGGCAGCAUUUCCCGUGAGCAAAGAUGAUGUGCCAGGCAGGCUGCACACGGAAAGCACCCCUGAGCUGAGCCGGGAUGCAGAGCGUGCUAUAUCCACUCUCUCCCUUCCCGAGAGCCAGGCUUUCCUCGCGCCAGUGAAAAACAGGGUCAUCAGGCCUGCCCGGACAAAUGGCCCAUCAGAGGAAGACUUGAUUUCCACAGAGGGUUCCUUUCUGAGUCUCAACCGGUUCUCUGUGGCCAGUGAGAUCCCUCCCAUAGACAGUCCAUAUGAUCUGGUCAGCAGCAGCCUGCCCCAGACAGACCCAGAGAACCCUGACUCUGGUGUGGAUGGCACAGAUAAGACCAAAAGCCGGGUCUUCAUGAUGGCGAGGCAGUACAGUCAGAAGAUCAAGAAGGCAAAUCAACUUUUGAAAGUAAGGAGCCCAGAGUUGGAGCCACAGCCAGCCAGUCAGCAUCAAAAGCCUGCACCCAAGGACCUUGCAGCUAUCCUAGAAGAGAAGAGGCAAGGAGGCCCAGCCAUUGGUGCCAGGAUUGCUGAGUAUUCCCAACUGUAUGACCAGAUUGUGUUCAGGGAGACACCCCCGAAAAUUCAGAAGGAUGGCUGGGCCAGCAUGCAGGACCCUUCCCUCCGCAGGGCUGCAUCGCCUUCCCAGGCCCACCAAGCUGGCGAGGACUGGCUUUGGCAUUCGACCUACAGCAAUGGAGAGUUAGCAGAUUUCUGCCCCUGGCCAGAGCAAGACUUAAGGUCAAAGUAUCCGACUUUAGAAAUGAGUACAAGAAGUUCUCCGAGACACUUGUCUGCAGCUUGCUCAGUGCCUUCUCUUCAAGUGUGUGACCCCCUGCUGGGCUCCACGCAGAGGUGCAGUGUGGUAGUAAGUCAGCCCCACAAAGAGAACUCCUGUCAGGGCCACCUUUACAACUCCCUGGGUCGCAAAGGCGUAAGUGCCAAAUCUCAGCCCUAUAACAGGUCCCAGUCAUCCUCCUCCAUCUUGAUCAACAAGUCGCUGGACUCUAUCACCUACCCCAGCGAGCUGGGCAAGCCACAGCCAUCACCUUUACACCGCGGUUCCAGGAGCGGGAGCCACCAGGAUUUGCUGCCAGGUAGUGCUGCCAGGGCUCACCAGGGCCCUGAAAAGGGCUCCGAUCUCACACUCCAAGACUCACAGAAAGUUCUGAUAGUAAAUAGAAAUUUGCCCUUAAAUGUCCAAAUAGCAACACAGAACUAUUUUUCUAAUUUCAAAGAGACUGAAGGAGAUGAAGAUGACUAUGUGGAAAUCAAGUCAGAGGAAGAUGAGGCAGAGUUGGAGCUGUCUCAGAGUCACAGAAGGAAAUCUGACUCUGAGAUGGUGGACACUGACUCUUCCAGUAACGUCUGCAGCAGCCACACUUCUGACUCUUUGAAUAUCCUGUGCGCUCCCAAAGAGCCAAGAAGCAGCAAACCUGGGCUUUCAUCAUAUCUGGCGACCUACAGUGAUUCUGACAAACUGAAUGACUAUCUCUGGCGGGGGCCAUCAGCCAGCCAACAAAAUAUUGUCCAGUCUCUAAGGGAAAAGUUUCAGUGUCUCAGUUCAAGCAGUUUUGCCUGAAGUUCUUAACAAUAGCUGCCUGAAUUAACUACUGCUUGUGCUUAAAUUACAGAUACUGUACUGAGGAGGUGUUUUAUUUGUACCAGGUUAAAACAAUUUUGUAAUAACAGGAGAUGUAAAAAUAUACUGUGUUUUAAAGCACAACUUUUUGAACCAGCUGAUCAUACAGCCAGAAUCAUAACAAAUGUUAGCAUCUAAGCAUCUUUUCUGAUGUCAGUUGUCUUCAUGUUUCAUGUAACUCAACAUUACUUGAAAUUUUUAGGCUUAUUUUUUAACAUGACUAUGAUUUUUUCCAUAUCCUGACAACAGUGUCCAUACUUUGAGAAAUGCAAUAAAUCUGUAUUACCCAAAAGCCCCAAGUAGCUUUAUCAUACAAUUCAGAGACAGCAAAGAGACCUUCUUUACAUGACUUAAAAGGAAACUAAAGCUGCUUAAUGAAUUAUGCUUAUAUCUGACAUGUUUGUUACAUUCAUGGUAAGACCCUGGAAUAAUAUAUGCCAGAGAUCUGUAAUUAGAAUGUAGUCUUGGUGCCUUUUUUAGGAUUUCUAGGCUGGAAUUCUUACAUCAUUUCAUGUCAAUGUAGAAAGUGUGUGACUGGAAAAUUAAAACGUAGCAAGACCAACUUCUGGUGAGCAAAAACCUGUAUUCCUGGACAAGGCCUGGAUUAUGUGCUGCUGCUUAUCAUGUUGUUUAUAUGACUUGUGGCCUGAAAUGAGCUGUUUCCUCCAUGGCGUAAAGAAAACCAAGCUCAAUAAAAUGUAAAUUGACCUAACUACCAGAAAAGACAGACUGACUCCUGGUGACAACUUGAUUAUCAUUCGUAAUACAAUUAAAAGACGAGAGAAACAACAAAAAACAUUUCACCAUAGCAUUCUGUGUGCCCAUCUCUAACAAACACAAAGUAAACCCAAAGCUGCAGAAGGGCAAAGCACUGUAAAGUUACUAUUUCCAGAGCAGUUUUUCGUAUCACCUUCACGAGUUCUGGACUCUGCCAAAGAACCUACUAGAUCCCAGCCCUGGGGAAUUACUAGCCACCAGAAUGAGGAAAGAAUUCAUUUUCCAAAUAAUACAUAAUAUGACAGCCUUUAUUUCAUUGUUUUGAGGCAUGUACGUUUUGGUUACUAGGUUCUGACUAAUUACAUUUCUAUGUUGUCAUUACAGUCUUCAUAAAGCAUUUCUUUGUGAUGCUAUGUUUUAAACUAGCUCUUCAUGGAAGGAAACAGAAUAUUUUUACAAAGUAGCAGUCAUCUGCCUUCAGUACUCUCUUUAAUUACUGGUUUUGCUUUUUACUCACAGUGCCUUCCUUUGGGUGCUCUUAUUUUAUUAAAGAUUCCAUUAGUAACCCAAGAAUAUUUUCUCCCGUCACCCUCUCUGGUCUCAUUUUAAGCAGUUGUACAUUAUGUGGUCUUUCUUCACUUUCAUUUCCAUUUUUCUAUCUUUUCUCUUUAUUAUAAUUUAAAACAAUCCGUUUCCAUUUUUAAAGCUAUGAUAGUUUGUGUAGGGAAAGGAGUCCAGGAUAUUCAUUGAAAGAUAGGCAAUAAUAUUGAACCUGUGGCAUCUUGCCAAAAUCUUUUCCAUCUUUUUAAACCCUAUUCCUUUUGUCUUACCUGUAAAGCUUAAAAUGUGACUAUACUUUACAAAUAGGUACCUAAGGCAGUUUUCAUUUUAAAUAUAGAGCCCAAGCUUCUUGUUCUGCAAAUGCAUCUCUCUUCUCAUACCCAGAGGCUGAAGUUGUGGCUCAGUGCUAGAGCACUUGUCUGGGUCCCAUCCCCAGCACAGGAAAGAACAAGUCCAUAUUGAAUAGAAUGGCCUUCUUUUACUGCUUUUAGUUAAGUAUAGUAUGAGUUUUCAGUAAGAAGCAGUAUCCAAAAAGACAGGAAACAUGAGAAAGUAUGUUGUUAGCCUUGCUAGAAUGUACAUGAGUGCAUUUGUGUCACUUACUAAACAAAGUUACCUGACUGUUGUCCAGGAAUGCAGUUUCCAUUUUUGUGUUUUGGUCUAUAAAACCCAAAUUCUACAUAAUCCACAUUACUGUUGCACCUGAGUCUCAGAAAGUACUAAUUCUUCACAGCAGUGUCUUUUUGCACAGAUGUGGUUGCCACCUGUAGGGAUGCAGCCAUGCACAAAGGUGGAUGUCUACGUAUGGAUAGUCUCUGUGGUCCUUCAGGUUCCAGGACUGAUCUGAAGCGUUACAGAUCACUUCUGGGAGGCAGUAUGCAGACUCUGAGAGCUGCAUAUACACAUAUCAUCAUGUCUGUAUGUUUCCUCAGCUAUCAUUUAAGUGCUUUUCUUUAAACAAGUGUCUUCUGGAAGGGGAAUGGGGAUGUACAUAAUUGAGAGGGAAAGUUAUAUGUACUUAAAAAUUCUCACUGGGUUCCUGUAUGAAGGGAUCAAUUUUUUUCACAUACUCUAUCCUUUGUGGAGAAAAUGCACCUAGGAAGCAUAGUUUAAAUACUGUAUAUAAGAUAAUUAAUGUUAGUAGUACCCAUUAUUUAAUAAAGUUUGUAAAGUGCAAAGUAAA